AUGAACUUGGUCGCGACGAAUGAUAUGGAUGAGAUCUAUGAGGAUCCUGAGUCUACUAAGGAUGAUGAGAGUGAGGACUCGGAUGAUAUGGCUGCGAGUGUGGAGGCAGCAGUGAAGCAGGAAGAGGAGAUAGUGAUCACGGAUGCAGCAGCAGUAAACGGUGGAGAUGGAGACGAUGUCAACACUUUUGCAGCAGCGAUCGUGGUUGAAGAUGAAGCAGUAAAUGCGAAGUAUGUGGGAGUUGAAGCUGUGAAAGGGGACAUCAUGGUGAAAGGAUCAAAGGCGAAUGCAACUGCAAAGGGGCAAGUGCUUAAGGAGGAUGAACGCGUUGAAGGGUACGAGACCCGAGAGGUGUUGGGUGUAAAGAUGCCGAGGAGAAGCGAGAGGCAUAAGAAAAUCUCUCAAGGUUUGGAUGUCAAGGCGCUCAACUACAAGACACAUAAGCAGAGGUUUAAGGGAGGAGCAAACGCGUCCCCCACAGUGCUCGUUCUCACAUCCAGCGUGCAUCUCAAAGCGUGCAUCAUCAGCGGGGAUGGCGCCUUCCCCAUAUUCACCUCCCCCUCGUCCGGCCCCACAGGGGGGGAGUUGAAAUUGGUCAAACUCAACCUCCAGCGGGCAGCAGGAGGCGUCUUUCUUAACGUGGGGGCGGCGAUCGUUGCGACUAAAUGCGGGUUCGUCAGCAACACGGCUCCAAGCGUCGGUGGAGGGGUGCUCAGUUUGUGUGGUGCGGCUGAGAUUUCGUGUGGUGCGGCUGAGAGUUCGUGUGGUGCGGCUGAGAGUUCGUGUGGUGCGGCUGAGAGUUCGUGUGGUGCGGCUGAGAGUUCGUGUGGUGCGGCUGAGAGUUCGUGUGCAACUUCUCCUCAGCAACAGCCAUCACCCCCCCCACCACCUCUUCCCUCAUUGCACCUUCCACAGAAGCACACCUCACUCCCUUAA